AUGGGGCAGUCGUCCCAAGUGGUCACAGUCUAUAGUGAUCACAAUCCUCUGGUCUACAUCAACACCAUGAAAAACAACAACUCACAUCUGUUGUAUUGGAGUCUCAGGCUGCAACCUUACAAUAGUGAACACGAUACGAAGCUGUCCAUGAUGCGCCUGCAGCAGACUGGUCUCUCAACACAGGUGAUGGAGGCUUGGCUGGUCACACAGGUGGUGGAGGCUGUGUUGACCUCAACACAACAUGGCAGCUACUCUGUAAUUUUCAUUACGGACGGCACUACCUCACCCUCCACUAUCUUCAUGAUAAUAGACCAUUUAAGGUUUCCAGAAGGCGUUGGUAUUUCUGAAGUAGUAAUUAAUGGUUCUGAUUUCAAGCAGAGGGACGAGCACCUCUCACUGCUGGUUGGUAAUGUUAAGAUGCUGCGGAAGUUGUCAUCAUACACAACAGUUGUGGUGAUAAGUGACGAGGCAACCUUCCUCGCCGCCUUCGUCAAAUGGUCCGUCAAGGGGCGCCUCAUGGUGUGGUCGACGAGGCUCCUCAUUCUCACUCACUCUCGCCUCAUGGAGCUGCAGGAUCUCCACACAACCUUGUCCAACCUCAACUCUAUGUUGGUUAUUAUCAACGACGACACAACAAACAUCAAGUGCAGUGUUUACGUCCAGCUGCCGUAUAGUCCGCGGGGAUCCCAGGUUGUGCAGGUGGCCUCCUGGACACCUCGUCGUGGCCUCCUUUUCACCUCACACCUCCCACUCUUCCCUGAAAAGUUCUCAAAGUUCCAACACAGACCGAAUUUGCUGGUGGCGAUCGAGAAGUCUCCCUUUGAUAGGUUGGUGAGCGUGAAUGACCCAUUUUCAGCGGUUCCCAGGUUUCAGUUCCAGGGUUCCAUGGUAAAGGUAAUGGACUACCUUUGUGAAGCACUUAACUUCACGUACUCCUUCUUGCGGCCUCCUGACGGAGUGUUUGGUGUUAGACUCAGUAAUGCGUCAUGGACCGGCAUGUUGGGCAUGAUGGUGAGGGAGGAAGUAAGUAUCGCUGCUGGACCUUUCAUGAUAGAUACUUAUCGUGCCGAGGUGGUGGACUUCACUGUACCAAUAUUCAUAGACUACUGGAGGAUCCUGGCAAGUAGAGGUCUUCCAAAGGUGGACCCCUGGGGCUUCCUGUUCCCCCUGGCACCUCUGGUGUGGGCGAUAAUCCUGGGGAUGCUGGUGGUGCUUGCUGCUGCAGUGUUCCUUAUGUAUGCCUUCGGCUCUGUCAGAAAUGGUUACCAAAACUACUGGGUCGAGGUCGCCUUCGGCUACGUUCGAAUAUUAUUACAGCAAGAUACAACUCUGCCUAUAAUCUGGUUGUGGGAGCGGUUGUUGCUGCUGGUGUGGAUGAUGGUGACACUGGUGUUAACACGGAGUUACUCUGGCAACCUCAUGGCUCUCCUGGCAGUGAGACACAUCCCUCAACCUUACCAAACACUACGUCAAGUGUUAGACGACCCAUCUGUUACGAUCAUAUGGGAACAAGGCUCUGCAACAAUCUCCUAUAUGAAAUUAGCGAAAUCUGGUGUAUUUCGGGAAUUAGCUGAAUCAGAGAAGAUUGGUCGACUCAUCUACGUACCAACUUCGGAGUUCCAAGAAAUCAUUGACACUCUGGUGCGGCGGGGCGACCACGUCUUUAUUAAUGUCCAUUCUGGUUUGAAGUCAUCUAUCGCUCAAGACUUCACGAAAACAGGCAAGUGUUCCUUUUACGAGUCCAAAGAAGAAUUCUUGAUGGCAAUAUAUGUAAUGAUUGGUCAAAAGAACAGCCCACUGCUGCCAUUUAUUAAUAAAAGGAUAAUGUCGAUGACGGAGGCUGGGUUGUUCUUCCAGUGGUUGAUAGCUGAAGAACCCAACUCCACUGUGUGUGAUCAUGUCUCCAACAAGAUCACCGUCAACGAGGCACUCUCCCUCAGUAACCUCUGGGGAAUGCUUGUUAUCCUCCUGGUGGGUGAUAUUACUAGUCUGUUUGUAUUGUUCCUCGAGCAUCUCAUUCUUCACAUUAAACAAAUUUAG